UGUGUCCUAAUUCUUGGGCUGUACCUGAGUUGCGCUGGGCGCACUCAGUUUGAGUCGACGAUCGAGCCACGCCAUACCUGCCAACGGCGUGCAACCGCCAUGCCGGACGCAGACGAAGUUUCUGCAGCGCCACAGGUGGACACCCGAGCAGAAUCGGCCGGCUCCCAGCACGCUCGUGAGGCUCAGGAAGUGCUCCAGGAGAUGCUGAAGCAGAUCCAGGCGCACAGUGCAGCUCUCCAUUCCGAUGUGGCGUCUGUGCGCCGGCAUUAUUCCGCCGCCUCUCAAGCGGUCUCGAAGGUCCGCUUGGAAGCCUUGAGCGGUCCGAAGAGUGGGCGGGUGGGCUCGAAGAGCGGGAGACUCUCUUUGGGCCCAAGCCUGAGAGGGUGAGAGGUGGGCAGAUGUGGGAUGUCAAAGCACACCCCUAAAGCUGGUGAAAGGGGUUCCCCCUGAGCUGUGUCAAGGCAUUCUUAUGUCUCAGAGUGCCUGGGCAUUUGGG